GAGCCGAGCGCCGCGCACGCGCACACAGUGAUGCGCCGACAUGGCGGACGCCGAGCGAGCCGACACGUACGACGCGCGCGCCACCACCGCCACCGUCUCCAGCCUCAAGUCCGAGGACUCCACUGAACAGUUGAUAUGUAAAACCCCUCAGAAGAAAGUUAACAAAGUGAAAAAAGACAAGAGUGUAAGUUCUAAGAGUGUCGAAGCGGGCAGUGAUGAGCCGACUCGCAGGCGCCUCGUGGUGUUCCUGGGGCUGGCGCAGGUGGUGCUGGGCGCGCUGCUGGUGGGCGCGGGCGCGCUGGCCGUGGUGAAGGGCGCGGCGCUCUCGCGCGUGGGCGCCGGGCUGUGGGCGGGCUGCGUGGCCGUGGUGGCCGGCGUGGUGGGCGUGCUGGCCGGCAUCAACGACUGCUACGGCCUCAACGCCGGAGCCAAUGGGAGUCCCCUACUGACAGCAUUCCUGGCGCUGUCGCUGCUGUGCCUCGCGUGCGGCAACAGCGCCGCCGUGCUCGCCGCCACCGGCUUGCAGCGCGACUCGCUGCGCCAGCCUACAGCGCACGCUAGCUUCGAGGAUGAAAUGGAAGCGUGGACGCCAGUCCUCACAAACAUCGCCCUCCUCAUCAUCGCGAGCGUGCACUGCGUGGUGUGCAUCAUCAGCAUCGCGCACGUGGCCAAGCGCGUGUGUCCGUGCCUGCGCCCCAAGCAGCCCUUCGACCACAACCAGUUCGAGCCGGGCGCUCCGCCCCACCAGCUCGUCAUCAAGGUGGACGAUGUAGCGUAUGCUCAGGAUGCGGAGAGAGCAAGGCAUCACGAGCUCUGCAAGGAGUUAGAGGUUAAACUGCAGGGGGAUACUAUGAAGAAGAAGAAGGAGGAGCCAGAAUUCGGCAGCGCAAACAGCAAGGAGAAGCUGGUGUCUCGCUGGCUGGGGCGGCAACAGACACCGGCGGGACCCACGGGACCCGCUGUGGCGGCGGGGGCCCCGGCGGUGCUGGUGGGCCCGCCACCCGCCGCGCGCCGCCGCGGCGUGCGCAAGCCGAGGAAGCCGCCGCCGCUCGUGCUGCUCCCCGCGCACCCCGCUAGCACGCUGGGCCGCGUCCCCGCUGCCUGCGUGGUGAUGCCGCCGCGGUACGCGACGCUGCCACUGCCGCCUGCGACGUAUGCGCCCGGCCCUCUCUACUACCCCGUGCAUGACGCUCGCGUGCGCCGUCGUCGAUCGCCGCGCGCGACCACGGAGCGGCGUCGUCGCGAGGGGCGCGAGCGUGAGUCGCAGCUGGCGCGCUCGCUGGAGAGGAUCCACCGCAAGCGCCGUGCGGACCGAGAACACCUCACCGAUGCUGACCUCAAGAGGACGUAUACGGGUCUUGACAGAGCAUACGCGGAGCAGUUCAUAGCAGUAUGCGACUCGAGCCGGCACGCGGCGGAGCAGCACGACUCGCUGGCCAGCACGUCGGCCACCAGCGACUCCAGCCACUCGCAGCCGGAGCUCGCCUAGCACAGCUUACAUACGUUUUACUUGUAAAAUGUAUGACAACUAACAUUCAGCCCACAGCGAUUACAGGCUAAGGGCUUGCGUGCCAACUUGCUAAGCAUGUUUAGCCGUCUCAUCUAUUUAAAAUUGUCAAAACUAUCUUGUAGCCUUUAAAUGUGUUUAGCGAGUGGUCGCGCAAGUGAGCCUUAAUCUACAUGAUAUUGACAGGUUUUAUAAAUAAAAUAGCGUCAAAUAACGAUCAUGUACGUAACAAACGAAUGUUUAGUAUUUAGUCAGUAAGAUGUUAAAAUACUCUUCGUUGUAAGUCAACUAACUGUCUAAGCAUAUCAUACCAAACUUAACAAUAUAGCUUUAUAAGGUCGCAAUACGUUAUCGUAAAUUGUAAAUAUUUCCACUAACUUAAUGUUAACAUUCAUUAACUGCACGAAUCAUAAUUGGAACAUUUAUCAUAAUUGACAUAUUCUGCUCAUUGGAUCGGUUAUCGUCAGGUUCCGAUAGAUGUGUCUAUUUAUAUCACAGCGUUAUUAUUUUAAUUGCAACAUUGUUGGUAUUCGAUUGUACUAUUUGGCCUAUAAUUUCAUAUUUGAGAAGUCGCAAUUUACCUUUAACCGCUAAACCCGUCCAUAAAAAUUAAGUUUUCAAUCCACUUUAUGUGGACGAUAUUAUUUCUGGUCUUUCUUUAAUUCGCUUGUCAGAGAUUCCAAUCAUUUCAUUCAUUUAAAUCAUUAAAGUUUUGCAGUUCAUUCAUCAUUUUGAAUUAGGGAUACGGCAACAAAUGGGCCAGUCUUCAUAGACAUAUUAAAUUUAGUUAUUGUACACUUUACUAUAAUACGUAACACUUACUAACUUAUGACAAUUUGUAAACUUGUACGUAUCGUCAAAUAUCUGUGUUAUAUACUAAUUUAAGUCUUAUUUAUCUAGUUUUACAGUCUUUAUUUGUGAAGUUAUUUCCUAUAACAACUUUAAUGAAAAUUGGUAAUUGUCUUAAAUAAAAUGCGAUUAAAUUCAUUACUUUUCAGAACUCUUGUCAAUUGUGAAUUAAAGUUAUCAUAAAAAAUACUUCACAUAACUUUAUAUAAAAAUUAUUAUAAUUUAGUUCAUAUUCCUAGAUUAUAAUGUCAAGUACACGUGUGUAUAAAUAAAAGGAAAGUCAUAUGUACCUAAGCGGUGCCAAAUUGCGAACCUAUUGGUGUAAAUAUUUGCUUCUAAAUUGUUGCUCAAUUUGUUCUUAUACAAUUGUUGAAAUUAUUUAUUAGGAUUAUUAAUGUUUUCUCAUUUCGCUUAGCUACUUAUUUAAAAUGCAGUUUUGUAUCUUAUUAGAACCUUACGGUUAAUUUUCUCUGUAUAUUUAAGGUUGACAUACGUUUCAUUUGGUUUACGCAAACCUAGGCCUUAGAGUUAGCCAAAAUGUAUCGUAUGUCCCGGUUUUCAAACUAUACGUAAACUUUAUAUUAGUUCUAGUUCUAUACAAAUACUUUAAGAACCUAUAUUUGUAACAGAAGUACUUAGAUACUGUAAUAUACGAUUGUAAAUAAAGUUAUAUUCCUUAGUUAUCGGUGUAUCAUAUACUUAAGCUAGGUGUAGGUGGGGAGGAAUGCUCCGUGACUGCUUGUCUAUGGUCUACUGCUUGACGGUUAUUUAUUGUGGACAGGCGCUGCUUGGAUGACGACACGAAUACAUUUUACUUUUUAUAAAA